ACCCCCUCUCCUUUAUUUUCUUCUAUCUUUUCUCUCUCUUUGAGGGUUUAACAUAGGAAAUCUUGGAUCAUUUCAAUCACAGAAAAGUGAAGAAACCAAAAAAGUAAGAGUGCAUAUUUCAAUUAAUUACUAGAUUUUUGUACUUUAGAUUUGGUUUAACUCAAAAAAACGUGCUUAAAUAUUUAUAAAUUCAUUCUCCUUUCCCUUCUUCUUCCUUUCUUUCCAUUUUAUCUAAUGUGAAUUUUUGAGCCGAGGGUCUUCCAGAAACAGUCUUUCUAUCUCCACAAGUUAGGAGAGGAAGAAGAGGAAGUUGGAGAAGGAAUAAGGUGAAUGGGAAUAAGAGCAAUAUUACAAGAGAGAUGACAUGGUGCAAUGAAUCAAAUGAUCAAGAAUCACUCCAAUUAAUCCAAACUCCAUUAGAGGAAAAAAGUGUGAUCAUCUCAAAAUUUGGAACAAUAACUUGCCCUUCAUGUGGCCAUAGCAUAGAGCUUCAAGAUCAGAGGGGAAUACAUGAUUUGCCUGGUCUACCAGCUGGAGUGAAAUUUGAUCCUUCUGAUCAAGAAAUUCUUGAGCAUUUAAAAGCAAAGGUAUUUUCAGAUACCAAUAAACUUCAUCCUCUAAUUAACGAAUUCAUUCCAACCAUUGAUGGAGAAAAUGGAAUUUGCUACACUCAUCCAGAGAAACUACCAGGAGUGAAUAAAGAAGGUCAAAUCCGUCAUUUUUUUCACAGGCCUUCAAGAGCAUACACAACAGGAAGUAGAAAAAGGAGAAAAAUUCAUACAAAUACUGAAGAUGGUGAAACAAGAUGGCAUAAAACUGGAAAAACAAGACCAGUUUUUAUAAGUGGAGUUUUAAAAGGUUAUAAAAAGAUUUUAGUACUUUACACAAAUUAUGGAAGGCAAAGAAAACCAGAAAAAACCAAUUGGGUAAUGCAUCAAUAUCACUUAGGUGAUAAUGAGGAGGAAAAAGAAGGUGAAUUAGUGGUUUCUAAAGUUUUUUACCAAACACAGCCUAGACAAUGUGGAUCAAGAAUAUCUUUAAUUAGGCAAGAUAAUAAUCCUAUUAUAAAAACCCCAAAUUUUAUUGAUUAUUACAACCCUCCUUUCAUUUCGUACCAAGAUGAUAAUUCAUCUAUUUUAAAUGUAACUUCAAAUAAUGCAAGCAAAGAAUGAGGAAGUUGUAAGAAAAAGAAAUUAAUGUUAUUAGGUUAAACAUUGACAUGAACAAUUUGGGUGGGGGUUGUUGUAUGAAUAAGUUAAGAUUGAGGUACUGAAGAAGAUGGAGGAAUAAAAAUUUAUGUUGCUCGGACUCUUAAAAAUAUCGUUGAAUAUGUGUAUGAUCCUCCAAAAAUAAUGCGUUUUUGGAGGAUCCAAUUUAGGUACAACAAUAUUUGUGGAAAGUCCGAACAAUAUAAAUAAGUUGUUACUUUUAACCAAAUACUUAGAUAUGUUUCAUACUUUCCUUGUAAUUAUGAAAACAAGAGGGAGCAAUGAUAUUGUUGGUUACGACCUUUUUAUUUUCUUCUUUUAAGGUAGUGAAUAGAGUGUUACGUUCAUUAUUUAUAUAUAGUACUUGUUAUUGAUGAGUUAAUGUACUUAAAAUGUAAUGUGAAC